GAAGCACAGUAGACUCUCGAUAAUAAUUUAUUAAAUCUUAAUCCUUUUAAAAAUUCAAAGCUUCUAUUAAACAAUUAUAUCUUCGAACUAUUAGCGAACUGUGAAUUAACGAGGGCCGCGCCAGACGUAAUCCAUGAUGAAUCCUGAAGAGAUAAUAUUAAAUCUAAAGCCACACGUCAUUACCCAAGAGGACCGAACUGUUUUUCCUACAUUCUCAAAGCCUCAAACUCAUGGCGGCUUUAGCUUAUCGCCGGAUGGAAAAUUCGAGAAAAAUGAGAAUCGAAAGCGUUACCUGUUCGUUCCACCAAUGGGCCAGAUUCAAGUGCAUGUGGGGGAUUCGGAGGCUAGGCGUUCACAAAGGUUACACUUGCUGCAGCCAAGCCUGGACAAUAUACUGUUGUAUAUGGAGGGCAAAGGUACAGCCUUUCUACAGUUCAAGGACCAGAUUAAUGUGGAAGUCAAUCACGAUAUCGUGUGCAGCAGCGAAGUGCUUGAACUAAUCCUGAGGACGCCCUACGAAAAGGAGCAGAGCUGGACCCUCGCCAUCACCAAGUAUCGCAACACGAUCUACAUCAGCCCCGUUAUUCUUUCGGAGCCAAACAAUUCUCCCAUGAAGGAAAUGAAUGCUGAAUGGGUUGAAACGCUGCGUAGGCACUUCCUAUCCGAGAAACCAAAUACGUUGCCGGAACCAGGCGGCACAAUGGAACGGACUGGCCAAUAUCACGGUGUGUUUUCCGUCACCAUAAAUGGCAAGCGCUUCAUUUUCGAUGCACCAGUUCUGGCCGAAUCUGUCCUCAACUACGCGAACGUGAAGCCAGAUACAAACGACAUUUUCACUGAUCUGCAGAUUCGCCCAGACAAUAUGAGCGUUGAUGAAUGGACUGCGCACAACCGGAGCGAGGCCCUCAAGUGGUGGAUCAAGUGCUUCAUAGUGGGCAUCGAAAAUAUUCACGUUGCUUAUGUAAAUCGUCACAUUAUAGCGCACACCAUUGAAAAGAUAUCUGUGCGAAAAAUUUUUAGGGAUUGCGAAUCGGUCUGGUUGCCACAUGUCUGUUUCAAUUUCAUGGCUCGGCUGGUGGAAACAAUUUGCUCCUUUACGUCGUCGGUCGACUGCUACAAGACCGUGUUUCUGACGACGUUCGAUGCCAUCCCUGGAAAGAUCUCCUACAAGUACUAUCCAGGCAGAAGCCAGUUCACAUUCAUUCCCGAUUGGUUUCGCAUCAUGUUGGAGGAGCGCAAGGAGGAUCUCAUCCGCGAAGCAUUUGUGGAAUAAUUGAAAUAAAGCGAGUGCUGAG